AGUACCUCGCCAACAGGUGCCCAGGUGGUAUCGACUCGCAACUUGUUGCUGAACAGCCCACGCGACUUUAAAUAGGUCAUCGACUGAUGACACAAGAGUCGCCCUGCCCUGGCCCUUUCUCAGAUCUGGAUGUGCUGGGUUGGGUUGCCUGCCUUUUCGAACUUUUAUUAUACCUGCCAACCUACCAAUCUACUCUAAUUUCCCUAGUGCCGGCAUCGUCCAGCACUCCAUCACAAAUACCGGUAACCGCGACCUUCCACUCCACUGCUAUCCUCGACUCCUUCCAACGGCCCAUGUAUUUAUUGUAUAUGACAGCUUAUCAGACCAGCCACCCCUCAGUCCGUCGCCGCCAACUUCAACAACGAUAACAGCAUACGCUGUCGACGAUCCGUAUCUGUAUAUAACAAACCAUUGUAUGUCUCGUCGUUCAACCUGGGCGAGGAAGUAUCUAUCUGCUGGGCCAGGGUUUGUCCCCUAGUUGGGUGACUCUUAUCUGAUCCUGGCACCUUUUGAUACCAAGCACCAUGGCCUUUCACCAACCCACCCGCCAGGCUGCGCAACGCGUCUUCAGGCCUGCACCAGAAAGCGAUAUUGCCCAGCAUGUUCAGGUACCCGCCGUUCAACCCACCGAUGAGUCUCAGACCUGGGUUCUUUUCUCGCCGGCAACUGAUGCUGGCACUACCUCCUCGUACCUCACAUCAACCCAUAGGUCUAAUAUAACACGACGUCAUUCGCGAUCUGAUGUUUUCGGAAGCCUUGAUACAAUCGCCCCAUCUGAGGCUAGCGCAGCACAUCAUCGUACCGAUAGCUUCCUCGAUUUCGCUGAGGACGAGGACGAUGCCGAGUUAGACAGUCUUGACAAUCACUUGCCUGAAUUCCGGUCUACUCCCGAUUUCUAUGUAUCAUCUACAGCGCUUCCCCAUACGGACCCCGUUUUCCCUAACCACGAUGGAUUGGGACUGUUCCAGCUGGAACAAGAGGGCAUGGGCGAGGAUGUCCAGAACAGGUUAUAUGCUUUCGAGCAAUAUAAUCCUCGGCGGAUAAAGAGACGGCGAGAAAGCCUGAAUCUAGCGCAAGCGGAAUUAGAAAAAGAAAGCAACCAGGAAAGGGAUAAAAUAAACCGAAUAGAGUCGUGGCGUCUCGAACACAGCCGCUAUCUGUUGGAGGAGAUACAGAAGGAAACUCGGAGACGACGUCGAUCGGUAUCUACUGCGUCAAAUGUGCACCAUAUCGAUCACAGUGCCGAAAAUGCGACGGGGGCCGCAGCCGGCGGACUGAGGGAGGAAAAUGCGGACGAGUCUUGGCACGAUCAGAAUAUGAACGAUUGCCAUGAGAAGCGUGAGAGCAUAUGGACCCAUGUUACUCGUAAGGUGGUACAGGAUCUUCUAGGUAUUGAUGAUAAGAUGUUAAGUGUCCUCUUCGGUGAAGAACUUCCAGACGAGGAGGAGCUCUCUACAACGCCUAGGGCAUCGGCUUUGCCGUCAUCAAAUCGCGAUGAUAAAAUGUCCCUUGAUGCAGCACCGGAUUCCAGCUGGCAGAGCAAGAUGCUUGAAAGGGUUGCCAAAGAAUUGGGGCUAUUAGUUCAUCACCUUUCAGACCAUCCUGGUGCAUUCACAACUUUUAGUAAGGUCCAGCAGAUGCCUAUCCCUUAUGCAGGUCUACCCGCCAUUCCUGAAAGUGCUAGUCAUCUAGUAUCGGAUGGGACAGCGCGUGAGAAUCAUAUGGCUUUACCUGAAUUCCAACCGACCAUCACAACCUCAAGACCCAUCGAUAUACCGCAGGCACGUCAUCCGCCGGAAACUGCUCAUAGCAAAUCACAAUUGCAGGCAGACAGCAACAUCGCUUUCACGCAAGAGGAGUGGGAGCAAGACCUUGAUAUCCGGCUGGUAUUCAGGUAUUUAAGAACUCGUUUCUUCCCGCGUUCCAGCAGCAAUAGCACACUCUCUGGUGCUUCACAUAUGACAGGACCGACAUCGGGCACGCAGGAUGCAGCAGCAAUGGCGGCAAGAGUCCGCCAACACCACCCUCUAGUGUCGCGGCCUCGCAAUGCAGAGAGGCGCAAGUCCAAGGCCACAACCAUGUCCAGCGCGGCAUUACAUAAACCAGUGUCAAGCUGUGCAAGCCAGAGCACACGCCGGUCCGUCAGACGAAGCAGCUGCUCUUCAUCUCGCCAUUACUGGGAUAUCGGCGGAUCUGUCGGUACUGGGUCUAUGAUUGCCACGACGGGACCCAUGGGAAGCUGGGGUGAGAUAUAACGAAGUCGACGCGUUCAAGCAAAUGUAUUAUAUAUACCCUGAUACGAACAAGAUUUAUGUAUAUUAUGAUUAGAUGAUCUAGCCUAACGAUCUACUAUAGAAUUGGGUUGCUCAAUCUUUAAUGGGCAAAGCACCUCGCCAUCUUCUGCAUUUAUUUCACCGAUAGCUCUGACAUGUCCGAAAUGCUGCCGAUUCAAGCUCGCAUUCCCUUAUCAGGGUGCCCAGACGAUGGGACGGUCUACAUUAGCUAUGAAUAACGCCGCAAUCUCGGUGGCAUUCAGGGGAGGCUCGAGGUUCCCGGGGUGAUUCCGAGAUAAAAAUAUCAUGAGCGUUUGUCAUGUAGACACGGUAUACCUACAUUAGGUAGUGAAGGAAAUGAGGCGUACAGAGUCGCCCUGCUUUCAUCAUUCAUGACUCCAGUCACCUGCAGCAAUUGCUGCAGAAACCACCUACCUAGAUUACGUAGCCAAUCACCUGUGCUUGCCAUGUAAGGUGGUAAACAUGUUUCACCUCAUUUCCUCCGGCGAGGCGGCGGCGGCAGCGGCAAUUCGUAAGUGAGCGAGCAUGAGAGCUGCUCGUUCAUGUCGACAAAGUCACUUUCCGUGCACCAGCUCGAC